UUUUCCAAUAAAUAACCCUUUCGCCAAUUAGUGUUAAGCACUCCAUUAUCAAAUUCUUCUUAAAAGAAAAAUGGCUUUUAAAUCUAAUUUCCUCCUGUUUGUGAUUCUUUCAAUGGUAGUAGUUGCUUCCACCUUCUGCCAUGUUUUUGCAGUAAAUGAUGAUCAAAAGUUACUAGAUUCGUUCGAACAUGUACAUGAUUCUCUAGCUCCGUCCCCCUCACAUGGUGAUUGGCACCCCAUAGAAGAUACAAGUGAUCCUAAAGUGGUGGACGUUGCAAAAUUUGCAGUAAGUACAGAAAACAGCAGAGCAGAAGGUAGAGAAUUGAUAUUCGAGAGUGUGUCCAAUGGAAAAUUUCAAGUCGAUAAUAAGGGCAUCACUUAUCGGCUGGCAAUUGUCACCACAGAAUUUGAUGUCACAGAUGAAUAUUUAGCGGUUGUUUUCGAAAAUUCUAAGGACAAUGUCAGAAAACUCAUUUCGUUCACUUAAUAUUUUGCUUUAAACUUAAGUGUAUGAGCAUUUAGAAGUACCAAUUAUUUAAUGAAUAUAUUUUUUA